UUAAAGUGAAAUUAAUUACAAUGCCCUAGAGCGGCAUGGCGAUGGCUGGAGGAGUGGAAUUCGCGAGGGUGAGCGCAUUCACGGAUGAUCCAUUUGGUGGAAAUCCGGCUGCUGUGUGCAUUCUCUCGAGCGAGAGAGAGGACUCAUGGCUGCAACGCGUUGCCAAGGAAUUCAAUCUCUCGGAAACCGCAUUCUUAGUAGAUCAAUCUCGCGACGAACUCGCGGAAGAGGCAGAGUACAAUUUGCGAUGGUUCACGCCCAAAGUUGAGGUUGAUCUGUGUGGACAUGCAACACUAGCUGCUGCUCACACUCUCUUCAUGAAUCACGUCCAGAAGACCUCGAUCGUUUUCCAUACCAGGUCUGGCGCAUUAAAAGCUCGCAAAGUCACAGGCUAUGGAGAUGCCGAACAAAAUCCUCCUUCAUCGCUCAAAGCACAAGGCCUUCUGGAGCUUGACUUCCCUCUAGCUUUGGCAACACCGUGUUCUUCUCCGGAAACCACCCGUGUCUCAAACAGCCUUGGAAUAUCAAGCGUUGUUUGGUGUGGCAAGACAGACUUGGGAGAUUAUCUGGUGGAGCUUGAGAGCAGCGAGCAAGUGAUGGAGAUUGUCCCCAACUUUGACGCCAUGCUCGAUUUUCCAGGCCGAGGUGGAGUGAUUGUCACUUCUCAAGCUCCAUCCGAGAGUGCGGACGAUUUCGUGUCGAGGUUUUUCUGUCCAAAGUCGGGUAUACUGGAGGAUCCAGUGACCGGAAGCGCGCACUGUACACUGGGUCCUUACUGGGCCGAGAAACUCGAAAAGAACAGCGUGCGAGGAUAUCAGGGCUUGGAGCGAGGAGGACGCGUGUUAGUAACAGUGGACAAAGCCAAUGGUAGAGCACACUUGCAGGGCAGUGCGGUCAUUACAAUGGCCGGAGUUUUGCUUGUCGAUGCAUGACAUGGCUUCGCGACCUUCAAUAAUUCGUUAUUGGUUUUCUGUAAUAAUACCGUUAAAUUAAAACAAAUAAAUCCAAACCAUAACCUUACCAAAGUA